UUAAUGUGUUGGACUGUUACUGUAUAAUACUUAUAAUUCGUGGAAUAUUAUAUUAUAACUGACUAGAAAUGGGACGGCCGUGCACAAAAUGUCCGCCGACGACGGUUCAGAGCUGCUGCGGCCUUCGAAACCUGAGGGUAGCCAGCUUAAUGAUAGGAUUUUUAAAAGUGUUGCUGUUCGUCGCAGCAAUAAUAGGCUUGAUAUCAAUAAUGAGCGGCUACCACACGGGCGCAGCUAACGAGGACGAGAUAGCCCAGAAACCCACAGCCCAGCUCGUGUUAGCGUUACUGAUGAGUAUAGGAUUCCUGUUCUUGGCUGUUGUGCUGAUCGCUGGAUUAUUUAAGAAACGGCGCAACUACGUGAUGAUUUACUGGGUGGCCAACUGGGUGUGGAUCACGCUCAGUCUGAUAGGACUGUUUACUCAGUCGCAGGGCGCGCUACAGUGGAUAAUGGCCUUCUGUUACACUGUGGCGGAUAUCUACUUCCAAAUCGUGAUCCGGAGCUACUAUCUGGAGAUGACGGGGGCCGUGGCGGCGCCUGCGCAUCCCCCGCCGGGGAUAGCACGAUUUUAG